AUGGCACCGUCGUCAUCGUUAACAAAAUCACGCCACGUGGCUGUUAUCGGAGCUGGAGCCGCCGGUCUAGUGGCGGCGAAAGAGCUUCGACGGGAAGGUCACUCGGUGGUCAUCUUCGAGAGACAGAAUCAAAUUGGAGGAACAUGGAUCUAUACCGAUGAUGUCGAACCGGAUCCGUUAAGCGUCGACCCGACCCGACCCGUUGUUCACUCGAGCGUCUAUGGCUCUCUCCGAACCAACCUUCCUCGAGAGUGUAUGGGAUUCAGAGACUUCCCGUUCGUGACCCGAUCCGGUGCAUCCGAAUCCAGAGACCCGAGGAGGUUUCCGAGUCACAGCGAAGUUCUUGCGUAUCUUCAAGAGUUCGCUAAGGAGUUUGGUAUCGAGGAGAUGAUACGUUUCGAGACGGUGGUUGUGCGGGUUUCUCCGGCGACGAAAAGCGACGGUAAAGGAGGAAUCGGGAAAUGGAGGGUUGAAUCUACAGAGAAAGAGAAGAAAGUUCGUCGCGAUGAGAUUUACGAUGCUGUUGUUGUCUGUAACGGGCAUUACAUAGAGCCUCGUCUCGCUGAAAUUCCAGGGAUAAGUUCUUGGCCAGGGAAGGAGAUGCACAGCCAUAAUUACCGUAUUCCUGAACCAUUCAAAGAUCAGGUUGUUGUGCUAAUUGGAAACUCUUUAAGUGCUGAUGAUAUAAGUAGGGACAUUGCUAGAGUUGCCAACGAGGUUCAUGUGGCUUGUAGAUCAAAUGCAGCUGAUACUUUUAUCAAGCAGACCGGUUACACUAAUAUAUGGAUGCAUUCGAUGAUAGAGCGUGUCCAUGAAGAUGGUUCAGUGGUUUUUCAAAACGGGAAAACGAUUUUGGCUGAUGUUAUUAUGCAUUGCACUGGGUAUAAGUAUCACUUCCCGUUUCUUGAAACCAAUGGAAGUGUUAAUGUAGAUGAUAACUGCGUCAAUAAGCUUCUGGGUACUCGAUUCACGGUAGACUGGGACGACAUCGUUGCGCUCCUCUCAGACUCGACGCAACAAUCUACUCCCCUGUUCUUAUUCAGAUAUGCUUUUCAGGUGACUAUUCAUAGUCUUUGGCGGGAACGAAAUAGGAGAUAUCACGGAGAACAACCGUCCUCACAGCAUCUCCUUUAUCGUUUCAUUGAUAAAAGCGUUGGGAAUCGUAUUUCUUCUCUCAGACUCUUGGGCAUACAUCGACGGGAAGAUGGACUACAAUGGUGGUUCUCCACCAGAUAGCAAUCUCUUUCUUUACUAUGUAAACUAGAAUUUAUAAUCUAGAUU